GACAUCAUUCAGAAAGUGAAAGUAAAGUUUAGAUCGCUGGAACUCAAACAGCGAAAAUGGCUUCACUAUCGGAAGAUGAUUAUUUUUGUCCUGUGUGCUGUGAAAUCUUCAAGGAUCCUGUUGUUUUAUCAUGUAGUCACAGUGUAUGUAAAGAGUGUCUUCAACAGUUCUGGAGAACCAAGGAAACUCAGGAGUGUCCUGUCUGCAGGAGAAGAUCCUCAAAUGAUCAUCCUCCAUGUAAUUUUGCGUUAAAAAACUUGUGUGAGUCGCUCCCGAAGAAGAGAAAAGAGAGCCAUUCAUCAGAGUCUGAGGAGCUCUGCAGUUUACACAGUGAGAAACUCAAACUCUUCUGUCUGGAGGACAAACAGCCGGUGUGUUUAGUGUGCAGAGAUUCACAGAAACACGUCAAUCACACAUUCAGACCCAUCGGUGAAGUUGUUCCAUCAUACAAAGAGGAGCUCAAUACAGCAGUGAAGUCUUUGCAAGAGAAACUUAAACACAAAGAAAAAAUUAAAGGAGAGUUUGAGAAAACAGUUCAACACAUCAAGUCUCAAGCUGAUCACACAGAGCAUCAGAUUAAACAGCAGUUUGAGAAGCUUCAUCAGUUUCUCAGAGAUGAAGAAGAAGCUACAAUCACUGCACUGAGGGAGGAAGAGGAGCAGAAGAAGCAGAUGAUGGAGGAGAAGCUGGAGGAGAUCAACAGUCUCAUCUCAGCUGUUUCAUACUCGAUCAAAGACAUGGAGGAGAUGAUGAAAGCCAGUGACGUCUGCUUUCUGAAGAAGUUUCCAGUCUCAAUGGAAAGAGCCCAGAUCUCAUCACAGCCGGAUCCACAGACACCUUCUGGAGUUUUGAUUGAUGUGCCGCGUUACUUGGGCAACCUGCCCUUCAGAGUCUGGAAGAAGAUGCAGAACACCAUCCAGAACACUCCUGUGAUUCUGGAUCCAAACACUGCAAAUCCAGAUCUCAUCCUGUCUGAUGAUCUGACCAGUGUGAGAUACAGCGAGGAAAAACAGCCCCUUCCUGAUAAUCCAGAGAGAUUUGAUGAGUGUCUUUGUGUCCUGGCUUCAGAGGGUUUUAACUCAGGAACACACUGCUGGGAUGUGGAGGUUAAGGAGAGCUCACACUGGAGUGUUGGAGUAUCUGCAGCAUCAAACCAGAGGAAGGGAGAUGAAUACUUUAGCACUGAUGUCUGGAGUGUGCGGUAUGAUCAGUAUGGACUGUCUGAAAGGUUUGGUUUUCCUGUUAAACAGAAGCUUGAGUGUGUGAGAGUUCGUCUGGACUAUGACAGAGGAACAGUGUCAUUCUCUGAUCCUGUAACUAACACACAUCUACACACAUUCACAACCACCUUCACUGACACUGUCUUGCCAUUGUUUCGUAAUCUUGAUGAAAAAACCUAUCUGAGGAUUUUACCAGUUAAAGACUAACAACAGAAAAUCACUGUUGAAUCUGCUAAUAAAUCAAUUACAAAGAUAGAUCAAUAUAAUAUACAAGAUAAGAAUAAGAUAUAAAAAUCUUACAUAUUUAUUCUGUGGAAUCAGAAAUGUAUGUAGUUAAUAGUACAAACUGGCCAGUACAAACAUAAGUUUGAUAUUCAAAUGGAUAAAUAUGAAUGUUCUCAGCCUGAAUGAAGAUUAUAAAGGUCAUUGAUGAAAGACUGAGAUACGACAGGUGAUGAACAUCUGAACAGCACAGAGUGUUUUGUGGUCGUACAUUCACCUUCAUCAUGAUGUGGAUCAGUUUAUAUAUGCUGUGUGGAAACAUUGUGAAAAUUGUGGCUAACUCAAAAGCUGCAUCAGUAAAAAAGGAUAAUGAUCUUUUUUAACUUAUUUGAUCCAACUUAUCUUAUAAGACGAACGAAUGAGAACACUCCUUCAGAGCUUCUUUUGAACUUUACAGCUUAUUUUGUUUGUUGUAACUUUU